AUGGCGCUCGCCUAUGUGGGGGCGCGCGUGUAUGGCCUCGCGCCGCAGGGCGCGUGGGACGACGUAUACGUUAGUGCGGCACUCGCAGAUGUACUGAGGCAUGGCGAGGUGAGUGGCGCGCCGCUCGCGGUGUCGGUCGCGUCGGCGAACGACGCGCGUGCAAAGCACGUCUCGCUGCUCGCGGCCGGCGUCGUGAGCUGGGCGCAGAUCGCGCCGCCCGACAUGGAAGACUCGUUCGAGAUGGAGCGCGGUGGACUCGCCGUGUUUGUGCCACUUACGCCGACUUGGCGCACGAUCACUAUGGAAGAGACGGCCGUCGUGCGCGCGGUGGUGCCGGUGCCGCUCACGGCGGCGUACCUUGCCGUGGAGCCCGACGCCCUCGAAACCAUCGGCAAGGACCAGGACGUGCUGCGCCGGACGCUCCACGGACGCAUCCUGCGUACGGGCGAGACGAUGCACGCCGGUUUUGCGAUGCGCAGCGUCCUCACCGAGCCGGUGCUGCAGGGCGUGGUCGACUGUGCCACGACCGAGCUCUACCUUGUCCAAGAUACCGCCGGAAGCAAAGAGACUAUGGACGUCCAGGCGGACCCGGUGCUCGAUGAGACGUUUUUGGAGCGCGCGCUCGCUCGCUCGACCGUGACCGACGACCGCGACGGACUCGCGACGCACGCCAGCACGCUCACGGCCUCGGCGGCGCUCCAGCCCGAGUGGGUCGACGAGGCGCUCGCGCGGUGGCAUCGCACGAGCGGCAGCGACGUGUAUGUAGACCCGGAGAGCGUCGUGCUCGUCAGCGACACGACCCUCGCGGAGCUCGCGGCCUUCAACGGCGACUGGGCGCUGGCCGAAGUGCGUGGCGCCGACCGCCCGCGCAUGGUGCGCCUGCUGGCUGCUCCGCCGCACCGCGCGUCCGCGACGUACGUCCCGCCGACGCUCGCAAUGAACCUCGCGGGCGACGCAUCGCUCGACAGCGACAUUGCACUGACGCUGCACCCGCUGCCGACCAACGUCGCAGACGAGCUCGAUACGCUGCGCCACGGCGACGCGGCGAUGCAGGCGCUCGCGGGCGCUGCAGCACAGCCGCCGCUCAUGCCACGCGCCGAGGCGCUGAGCGUCGCGCGUAUUGCGUCGCCCAUUGCGACCGACCGCGCCUUUGACGCACAGUGCCUCGACGCGCUCCGCCGCCACCUCGAGCACCGCCCACGCAUCCUCAAGAAGGGCGACGUAUUUGCCGUGCCGGUCGCCACGUCGCGCGCACGCUUCGAGCAGGCCGACGCCGAGCAGGACGGGCCGUCGGAAAGCGCCCGCGAAAUCGCACGCACCGCGCAGCUGCCGGGCCCCCUUGCGCCGACGUACGCGCGCACAGCCGUGUACUUUUGCGUGACCGAGCUCGAGGCGGACCUCGAAGACCCCGAGGCGGUCGCCGCACGCAUCCCAGAGAGCGCGCCCGCGCUCGAGCGCUGGUACGCGACGCUUGCCGCGUCCCGCCGCAUGGACAGCGCAGGGUGCUGGGCGGAUGCGACGCACACGCGCAUCGUCCAAACUGGCCUCGAGCAGCGCCGCGUCGCGAAUGUCGGCGCGUGGCUCGGCCUGACGAGCGACACCUAUCCCUACCCCGGCAAGGACACGCCGCUGACGGCCGAAGGCAGCGUCUUUUCGCGGUACGUCCAGCUGGUGCGUGCCGCGCUCUCGCCGAGUGCGCAGCGGCUCGGCGUGCACCUUGCCAUCCUCCUCGAAGGCGCCGCCGGCUCGGGCAAGCGCAUGCUCACGCGCUGGGUCGCCGAGUGUGCCGGCGUGCACCUUCUCGAGCUGAACUGCUUCGAACUGGUGUCUGAUACCGACGCGCACACCGAAGGCAUCCUGCGCGCCAAGUUUGAGCGUGCUCGCACGUGUGCGCCGUGCAUCAUCCUCCUGCAAAACGUCGAUACACUGGCCAAGAAAGGGCAGAACGAGGGGCAGACGACGGCUGUCGUCAAGAUGCUGCAGCGGUGCAUGGAGCCGGACGAGGAGAGCGGCCCGAUCUUUUUUGUUGGCACGACCGAAGACGCGGAGCGGUGUCCCCCGGUGCUCCUUGCGUGCUUCAACCAGACGUUAAAGCUCGACCCGCCCGCCGAGCCGGAGCGCAGGCAGCUCCUCGACCUCGCGUUGCAGCGCUACGCGGUCGCGGCCGACGUCGACACCAAGCUGCUUGCAGUGCAGACGGCGGCGCUCCUCCCUGCCGACCUCACCGAGGUCGUGGAGCGUGCGCGGCUCGCGUCCGCGACGCGUCUCGCCACCGCGCUGGAACUCAACGAAAAUGUGUGGACGAUGGCAGACAUUGCGGCGGCGCGCCCGGUCCUCGUCCAGUCCGAUCUCGACAAGGCCCUGGGCCAUGUGCGUGCGAGCUACAGCGAAAGCAUCGGCGCGCCCAAGAUUCCCAACGUCACCUGGGACGACGUCGGUGGCCUCGCGAGCGUCAAGAACGAGAUUCUCGACACGGUCCAGCUUCCGCUCGAGCACCCCGAGCUCUUUUCAGACGGCGUCAAAAAGCGCAGCGGUGUGCUCCUCUACGGCCCACCGGGUACCGGUAAAACGCUGCUGGCCAAGGCGGUCGCGACGACCUGCUCGCUCAACUUCUUCUCGGUCAAGGGCCCAGAACUGCUCAACAUGUACAUUGGUGAGUCGGAGGCGAAUGUCCGCCGUGUCUUUCAGCGUGCGCGCGAUGCCAAGCCGUGUGUCAUCUUCUUUGAUGAGCUGGACUCUGUUGCGCCGAAGCGCGGCAACCAGGGCGACUCGGGCGGCGUGAUGGACCGUAUCGUGAGUCAGCUCCUCGCCGAGCUCGACGGUAUGGCGAGUGGCUCGGCAGCGAGCGACGUGUUUGUCAUCGGUGCGACCAACCGCCCAGACCUGCUCGACCCUGCGCUGCUCCGCCCCGGCCGUUUCGACCGUAUGCUCUACCUGUCCGUCGCCGAGACCCACGACGCGCAGCGCAACAUUCUCCAGGCGCUCACGCGCAAGUUUACGCUGGACGAGGACGUGGGCGACAUGACUGUCAUUGCCGAGCAGUGUCCGUUCAACCUGACCGGUGCCGACUUUUACGCGCUGUGCUCGGAUGCUAUGCUCAAGGCUAUGACGGAAAAGGCCGAGGAAAUCGAUGCCAAGGUCGCCGAGCGCAACAAGGAGCCGCGCACGGGCGACCGCGUGCACUGGCCCGUGCCGCUCACACCGCAGUUCUACCUUGCUGAGCUCGCCGAGCCGAGCGAAGUGCAGGUGCGCGUGCACCGCCGCCACUUUGAGCAGGCCCUCGCAGAGCUCUCGCCGUCGGUCAGCGAGCAGGAAAUGGCGCACUACCGCGAAGUCCAAAAGCAGUUCUCGCAGCCCGAGGACAAUAAGGAGUCUGAAACUACUACGGCACAGCCCAAAGGCAAGGGUACCAAGCCUUUUGGCCAAGGCAAGGGCAAGGCCUCCGAGCCGGAAGCCCAAAGCGCUACACCUCCCCAGGGACCGCCAGGCCCGGAUUCUCUGCCUGCGGCAGGUGCUGCGGCUGCCGCAGGCGCUACCGCAGGCGCUACCGCAGAGCCUGCCGGCUCUGCCGCAGCGCCUCCGCAAGAAGUACCCCGGUCCGGCCAGGGCAAAGGCAAAGGCAAGGCCCGUGCUCCGUAG